AUGUCAACGCCCACCAACGGGUCGGUCCUCGAAACCCAGAAAGAUGCAGCGAUUGAGGUAUCCGUACCCAAAGGCCUCGAUUCCGAGGGCCUUGAUGCGAUUCGGGUGCUUCUUCAGAGUCAAGCUCUAGGCGGCAAUGAUACACCAAAACAGAUUGGCGUAUCUUUCAAGCAUCUCUCAGUCACAGCCCCAUCGGGGACCCAGGUCCAAGUCAAGACUCUGCCUCAAGCUAUUAUCAAUACUUUUGGGCCCGACCAAGUUCGGUUUAUUAAAGAACAGGUUUUGGCUCGAAUCAGCCCACGCAACUCUAUCCCUGAGGGGAGGACAAUCCUCGAUGGAUUCUCGGGUGUUGUUAAACCAGGGGAAAUGCUUCUCGUCCUGGGUCGCCCCGGUAGUGGAUGCUCCACAUUCCUCCGUACUGUCGCCAGCCGAUCAAACCUGGCCACUACCGGCGAUCUUGAGUACGCCAAUGUAUCUUCUUCUGUCUUCAGGCGUGACCAUGCCAGGGAGACCAUCUAUCUACCUGAAGAGGACAGGCACAUUGCGUCUUUGACCGUCAGACAGACGAUCCAGUUUGCUCUUCGCAAUUCUCUUCCCUCAGAUGCUCGCAACACGAAGCUUGUCGCGAGCUUGGUUGAUGUUAUCGCCAAGAUCUGCGGCCUCUCACAUGCUCUAGACACUCCAGUAGGUGGUGCAUUCUCUCCUGGUGUUUCCGGCGGAGAGAGAAAGCGUGUUUCCAUCGCCGAGGUCCUAGCCGCUGGAUCCUCGGUUCAAUGCUUUGAUAAUUCGACCCGCGGCCUCGAUUCUUCAACAGCCUUGGACUUUGUAAAGGCUCUUAGAGCCUUCACCGACAUCGGCCACAAGACAACUCUUGCAACACUCUACCAAGCCGGCGAAGAGAUAUACCGAAAUUUUGACAAGGUUGUUGUUCUUUCUGAAGGACACGAAGCCUUUUUUGGAAGCACAUCUGAGGCCUGGAGCUAUUUCCAUGACCUAGGAUUUAUUCCCAUCCCUGGCCAGACAACGGCGGAAUUCCUUGCGACCGUGACAGAUCCCGAGGAGAGGAGGGCUAUUCCUGGGUCAGAAGCCGAUAGCAUCAAGUCUUCUGCCGAUCUUGCUGCAGCCUUUAAAAGAUCUAGCAACUAUACACGCCUCGUUACUGAGAUCGACGAAUACCGAGAAAAGCAGGGCCAAGAAGAUGCUCUACUUCCAACGUAUUCCUAUCGACUAUCACUGCCCUCUCAAGUCAAGGAAAGCUUAAAGCGAGAGUAUCAACUCGUCAAAGGACAGAGACGGGUUUACUACAUCAAGUGGAUCACAACCAUUAUUCUCUGCCUUGUCUGUGGCAGCGUGUAUUUUGACAUUGAGAACAAUGCCCAGGGUGCUUUUACCCGUGGUGGUAUCUUGUACUUUGCUCUGAUCCUGAAUGGAUGGUUACAGUUCCCUGAGCUUUUUGAUGCCUACACAAACAGGCCUGUACUGGAAAGACAAGCCAACCUCCAUUUGACCCGUCCAGCUGCAGUGGCGCUGGCCCGUUUCUUUAUUGACCUGCCGCUCAUCGCCUUCCAGCAUGUCCUCUUUACUCUCGUGUUUUACUUUCUUUCACGGCUUCAGGUUGAAGCCGGCAAGUUCUUCUUCUUUUACCUGACGCUCUUUAUAUCUACCGUAUGCUUCAGUAACCUCCUCCGCAUGUUUGCCUACUUUGUAGGCACGCUGGAUGACUGUUUCCGCUAUGGAGGAUUCUCUUGCACAGUGCUUCUUCUGUUUGCGGGCUUUCUGAUUCCUCCCAACGAUAUGAGUCCAGCCUUCGGAUGGCUGCACUAUAUCAAUCCUAUGUUUUACGGCUUUGAGAACCUCUUUAGUAGCGAGUUCAGUAACCUGAAUCUCUCGUGCCAUGAUAACCUCAUCCCAGCACAGGGUGUCGCAGGGCAUCAGACUUGUGCUGUGAGAGGCGCUUUACCUGGCCAGACUAGCGUGCCGGGACUGCAGUACGCCGGAUCUUUUGGGUUCUCUUACUCCCACAGAUGGCGAAACAUCGGUAUCAUGAUCGCCAUCGGUUUGGCCUAUCUUGUUGCUGGCAUCUUUGGAAGCGAGUUCAUGAGCUUCGCACCCAAUGGUGGAGCUCCCCUCGUGUUUGCCAAGCGCCGUGAUACUUCGAGUCCAGACUCAGAUGACGUUGAGAAGUCUGCCCCCUCAUCCGGCCAUACCAGCGUUCUUUCGAGCCGGAUUGGACAGGUUGCCCUCAAGUGGAACCAGCUCAACGUCGAUAUCGGCGAGAGUCAUAUUCUCAAGAACAUCUCAGGUUAUGUCAGACGAGGCGAGCUUACUGCUCUUUGUGGUGCCAGUGGAGCAGGCAAGACAACACUUCUCACCGCUUUGAGCCAGACGAACUUUGCCGGUAGUAUCGUCGGUGGAGAGGUUCUCGUAGGUGAUGAACCUCCCAGCUCGAGUUAUAGAAAGACAGUUGGAUUUGCGCAACAGAUGGAUCUUCACGACGGAACAGCAACUGUUCGCGAGGCUCUCGAGUUCUCUGCCCUUCUCCGACAGCCAAAGCAUUACUCUAAGACCGAGAAGCUAGCGUAUGUCAGCAAAGUCUUAGACUUGCUUGAUCUGAAUGACGUUCAGGAUGCCCUCAUCGGAGAGGAUGGUGGCGGUCUUGGUGUGGAACGACUGAAGAGAGUAACGAUUGGUGUUGAACUUGCUGCCCGGCCCGAGAUCUUGUUCGCCGAUGAGCCAACCUCCGGACUGGAUUCUCAAGGUGCAUCUCGCAUCGUGCACUACCUCAAGACACUCGCUCGUCAAGGCCAGGCAAUUGUUGUUACCAUCCACCAACCCUCGGCUUUGGUGUUUUCCCAGUUUGACAAUCUGCUAGCUCUGUCCUCAGAAGGCAACCAACUCUAUUUUGGCAAAGUCACUGGAGCUCUCUCGUACUUUGCUCGUAACGGUGCAAUCUGUCCUGAGGGUGCAAACCCCGGCGAGUUCAUCCUCGAGACCGUCGGCGCAGGUGUCAAUGCUCGCACUUCUGACAAGGGGUCCAACUGGGCCUCGACAUGGGCUGCCUCCCCAGAGGCUGCUGCACUCGGACGAGAGAUCGCUAUCAGUAGUGAUACUUCGAAGGCCCUCUCACCUGGGGUCGACGAAGGAAACAACUCUGAGUACAACGCCUCCGUGGCACUUCAGACGGUGCUUCUCACAAAGAGGAUGCUACUUAACCAGUGGCGUAGUCCCCCUUACAUCUACUCCAAGAUCUGGGUCCAUGUCAUUAGUGCUAUCCUCGUUGGCUUCACCUUCUUCCAGAUCGGCACUAGCCCGCAGGAUCUACAGAACCGGAUGUUUAGCGUUUUCUUCAUCCUCUUUCUUUGCAACGCCAUCGUCAACGUGAUUUUGGCGCGUUACUUCUUUGCAAGUCUGUACUGGCAGUUCCGCGAAGGGCCGUCUCAUGCAUAUGGAUGGAUUGCUUUCGUGUCUUCAACCAUACUCUCAGAAAUACCUGGUGCUAUCUUGGUCACCGUUCUGUACUUCGUCAUCUGGUACUUCCCAGCCGGGUUACCCACGGAUCAAGCCGGUUACAUCUUUCUGUUUCUUCUCACAUAUGAGAUCUUCCAAGUCCUACUUGGUCUCUUUAUGAUGGCCCUUAGCCCAGAUCUUGGCGCAGCAGGAAAUGUUCUCGUGUUCAUUGUCUGCACUUGUAACUGGUUCAACGGCAUCAUUGUUCCUUAUAGCCAGAUCCAGGUCUUCUGGCGUUACUGGCUCUAUUACCUGUCACCAUUCACAUACCUUCUUGGCGGAAUGGUGACGGCCGUGACCUCAUCGGUCGAUGUGUCUUGCUCACCAUCAGAUCUCACUGUGUUUACUGCCCCUGUCAACGAGACUUGUUCUUCCUAUGUGUCAGAAUGGGCUCUGUCCGCAUCCGCUCAACUGCUCAAUCCCAAGGCCUCUGGUGACGACCUUUGUCAAGUAUGUCGUUGGACAACUGGAACUCAGUUCUUGGACCAAUUUAACCUCGGCGACGGCCAACUCGGUGGACAAUGGGGUAGUUGGGGAAUCUUUGUCGGGUUCACGUUCAGUAACCUUGCUUUGGUCUAUUUCUUCACUUGGGCCACCAAGGUCAAAGGUUGGAAGUUAUUCUACUUCUUCUAG